GUCACGGGCACCCGGAGAAGAGGAAGGACAAUUUACUCUCAGUCCAGCACUGCCGAGGUUCUCUGCCGAGGCCAACCAGGAAUAUCCCUUGGAAGCUGGAACCCAGCAACAAUGGCCCAGGGUGUCCUCUGGAUCCUGCUCGGAUUGCUACUGUGGUCAGACCCAGGGACAGCCUCCCUGCCCCUGCUCAUGGACUCUGUCAUCCAGGCCCUGGCUGAGCUGGAGCAGAAGGUGCCUGCUGCCAAUGCCAGCCACACAGCUUCUGCGUGGCUGCUGUCAGCCUCAAACUCUGGCCCCCACAAUCGCCUCUACCACUUCCUGCUGGGGGUGCAGAGCCUCGAUGCUGCAGAGUUGGAUCCCUACCCACUGAGCCCAGAGCUGCAAGGCCUGAUCAAGGAGGUGGCCCAACAUGACGUACGAGAAGGGCGGGAAUACGGGGUGGUGCUGGCACCCGAUGGCUCGACUGUGGCUGUGGAGCCUCUGCUGGCAGGGCUGGAGGCAGGGCUGCAAGGGCGCAAGGUCAUAAACUUGCCAUUGGACAGCACAGCUACCUCUCGGGAGGCUGGAGUCACCUUUCCAGAUGUUGUGGCCAUUGCUCCAGAUGUAAUAGCCACCUCCUCCCCAGGACUCAGGGAUGCCUCUCCAGAUGUCACCACUGCAGAUAUUGGAGCCAACUCUCCAGAUGCUACAACAGGUUGUCCAGAUGUCCAAGCUUCCUUGCCAGAUGCCAAAGCCAAGACCCCCCCGACCAUGGUGGACAGCCUCCUGGCAGUCACUCUGGCUGGAAACCUGGGCCUGACCUUCCUCCAGGGUCCCCAGACCCAGAGCCAUCCGGACCUGGGAACUGAGGGCUGCUGGGACCAGCUCUCUGCCCCUCGGACCUUUACUCUCCUGGACCCCAAGGCAUCUCUGUUAACCACGGCCUUCCUCAAUGGUGCCCUGGAUGGGGUCAUCCUUGGAGACUACCUGAGCCGGACUCCUGAGCCCCGACCAUCCCUCAGCCACUUGCUGAGCCAGUACUAUGGGGCGGGGGUGGCCAGAGACCCAGGGUUCCGCAGCAACUUCCGACGGCAGAAUGGGGCUGCUCUGACUUCAGCCUCCAUCCUAGCCCAGCAGGUGUGGGGAACCCUUGUCCUUCUACAGAGGCUGGAGCCGGUACACUCCCAGCUUCGGUGCAUGAGCCAAGAACAGCUGGCCCAGGUGGCCGCCAAUGCUACCAAGGAGUUCACUGAGGCCUUCCUGGGUAAGGAGGUUCCCCACACCCUGUGAUCCUUCCCAUUACAGAUACAGACGCCCCCAACUCCAUAUGUUCAGGGNCGCCCGACGCCGCUGCAGCUGCCGCUAGGAUUCUUGUACGUGCAUCACACCUACGUGCCUGCACCACCCUGCACGGACUUCGCUCGCUGCGCAGCUAACAUGCGCUCCAUGCAGCGCUACCACCAGGACACGCAAGGCUGGAAAGAUAUCGGCUACAGGUGGGAGGGGCCCGACCGGGGCGGGGGCGGGGCCCACAUUCGGGGGUGGGGUCUGAGUGGGUGGAGCCUGAUGCAGGGAACCGGGUCUGAACUCGAGGUUCAGACCUCUGGCAAGACCAAGGAGGAGCUGGCAAGACCAAGGAGGAGUCCUGAUAGGGACAGACAAGUUGGAGAGGUGGCGUGGCCUAGGCUAGGGGCGGGGCCUUAA